AUGGAUCUGAUAAAAUCUAGAUCUCUUAAUAUUUUUAACCCUAAAUCCCUGGACACUGCAGCUCUUUUCAGUUUUUGCUUAUAUACAAUUCAUUAUUUGCAGCUAAUUAAGCUGAAGAAGCCUAAGAAUAAAUUUGAAACAAAGAUAAAUAAAAUUCCUUGCCUAGUGAAAAAAAAGAGAGAGAAAGAGAAAGAUGUGCUGCUACCAGCCUGGAAAGAAUCAGACAUCAGUGUUGUGAACUGCCAACAAAGCAAAGAACUGGGCAACCUCUGGGAGCUGAGUAGUACCUGGCCAACAGCCAGUAGGAAAAUGACAUCAGUCCUACAGCUUCAAGGAGAUGAAUCCUGUUAA